AUGACAACAAAUUCUCAGACAACAAAUGUUCAGACAGAUAAUGAUAAUGAUAAUUCAUAUGAAAAAGGUACAUACCCUACCAUUACUAUUAUAGAUUCUUCUGAUGGUAGACAAGGUUUAGCUCUUGAUGAUAGAUCAAUGAACUAUUGUUGCGUUUGCAUUCCUGAACAUGUGGGAGUUGCUGCUAUUUUAUCCUUAUAUUCUCUAUAUGGAAUUUUGAGCUGUAUUGCUAGUUUCGCCGGUUUAACCAGUAAUUUUUUCGGGAUACUCGCACUCAGACAGGAUAAUGUUAUUGCGAUGCGCCGUAUAUCAAUUGCAAUUUGGGUUAUUACUGCGUUUUUGUUUAUUUAUACCACGAUCGAUUAUAUUAUUGAAAUAGUCGUUAAAGAUGAAUCCAUAAAUAGAUGUCAAACAGAACUUACAGGAGAAGAAAAUAACAUUGAUUGUGUCCAACUUAUCAAUAUGUUUUUGAUUAAAGAGGCUUUUAGAGUUCUCUUUAUAGAAUUCUUCUCAGUACGUUAA